UUUCUCCUUGCCUCUCCAGGCUGGGGGAAAGGCAGCUGGAAGCAAUCCAACCCUGGCGGUGCUUGGGGAGGGGUCGAACAAAAAGGGAGAAAAGAUGGAGUGAAUUUACUUUAUUUAUUUAUUUAGCCUUUUUGUUUUUGCUUGCACCACUUCCAUCCAGUGACUGGAAAGUAAAGGGAACCUGGAGCUGGGCGGCAAGUAGCGCUUUGGGAAACUGCAAGAGUGUGUUUGGAGACGGGUAAAGUUGCCUUUCAAGCUCUGGCCUCCGGGGCACGCGAUGCUGGCGGCGGGCUGACUCAGGGCUGUCUGGGCCUCCCUCUCAUUCUCCUGGAAAUGAUGCAAGUCUGACUGUCACCUGGAUCCCUGCAGCCCAGCCUGGAAUCCGUCUGGAUGGGGGGAGGGACAAGAAACGACACCCCAAGUGUUGCAUGGCCCACCAAAGUGGGAUGAUGGCACAGUUGCUCAGGCCACAUACUGCACGUAGUGCUUCGGCUCCUGUCUUCACUAGUGCUUUUUUUUUUUAAUGCAAAACGUCACAACGCUAGGAAUUCCCACACGUGAUCAGUUGCCCCACAGCAUCACUGUGCCCAGGAAGCUGCUCCAUCUAUCAAAGGCUCGGGGCUGGGAAUCUCACUAAAUUCCAAAUGCUAGGAAGAAGAAACUUUCCCAGCUUGACGCUGUGUGAUGCGAGCCAGGGACCCUGGGAGGACGCUGUCCCAGCGCGGACCGCCUCUCUUGCCCUUCUUUAGUGGUAACUGGAGCUGGGAUCUGCUUUUCUGAGCCCGUGCGGCCAUUGCCCUGGAGCACCCGCACACGCGCACGCAUCACUGGCCUCGCUCAUACACACUCACACACACACGCACGCAAACGCGUGGCCGCCGCCAGGUCGGCAACUUUGUCGGGCGCUCCCAGCGGCGCUCGGCUUCCUCUCGUAGUAGUUGGGCACAGGCCCCGCCUCCCGGCCGUGUUGUCAAACGGGCUGGGGUCUCGGAUUGGUCCAGCCGCCGGGACAACACCUGCUCGACUCCUUCAUUCAAGUGACACCAGAGCUUCCAGGGAUAUUUGAGGCACCAUCCCUGCCAUUGCCGGGCAUUCGCGGCGCUGCUAACGGCCUGGUCACAUGCUCUCUGGAGAGCUACGGGAGGGCGCUGGGUAACCUCUAUUGGAGCCGCGGCCGCGAGGAAGAGGGAAAAGGCGAGCAAGGAGGAAGAGUGGGAGGAGGAGGGGAAGCAGUGGAGGAGGAAGAGGAGGAGGAGGGGAGCACAAAGAAUCCAGGUCUCCCGGCGGGAGGUUUAUACCAAGAACCAUGUGUGCCGAGCGGCUGGGCCAGUUCGUGACCCUGGCUUUGGUUUUGGCCACCUUCGACCCGGUGCGGGGCACGGACGCCACCAACCCUCCUGAGAGUCCUCAAGACAGGGGUUCCCAGCAGAAAGGCCGUCUGUCCCUGCAGAACACAGCGGAGAUCCAGCACUGUUUGGUCAACGCUGGCGAUGUGGGGUGUGGCGUGUUUGAAUGUUUCGAGAACAACUCUUGUGAGAUUCGGGGCUUACAUGGGAUUUGCAUGACUUUUCUGCACAACGCUGGAAAAUUUGAUGCCCAGGGCAAGUCAUUCAUCAAAGAUGCCCUAAAGUGUAAGGCCCAUGCUCUGCGCCACAGGUUUGGCUGCAUAAGCCGGAAGUGUCCAGCCAUCAAGGAGAUGGUGUUCCAGCUGCAGCGGGAAUGCUACCUCAAACACGAUCUGUGCGCGGCUGCCCAGGAGAACACCCGGGUGAUAGUGGAGAUGAUACAUUUCAAGGACUUGCUGCUGCACGAACCCUACGUGGACCUCGUGAACUUGCUGCUGACCUGUGGGGAGGAGGUGAAGGAGGCCAUCACCCACAGCGUUCAGGCUCAGUGUGAGCAGAACUGGGGAAGCCUGUGCUCCAUCCUGAGCUUCUGCACUUCGGCCAUGCAGAGGCCCCCCACGGUGCCACCUGCGCGCCAGCUCCAUGUAGACAGAGCCAGGCUCCCCAGGGCCCACCAUGGGGACACAGGCCAUCACCUCCCAGAGCCCAGCAGUAGGGAGGCUGGUCGAGAUGCCAAGGGCGAGCGAGGUAGCAAAAGCCACCCAAAUGCCCAUGCCCGGGACAGAGCUGGGGGCCUCGGGGCCCAGGGACCUUCUGGAAGCAGCGAGUGGGAGGAUGAACAGUCCGAGUAUUCUGAUAUCCGGAGGUGAAAUGAGAGGCCUGGCCACAAAAUCUUUCCUCCACGCCGUCCAUUUUCUUAUCUAUGGACAUUCCAAAACAUUUACCAUUAAAGAGGGGGGAUGUCACACGCAGGAUUUUGUGGGGCUUGUGGACUUCAUGAAGGUGUAUGUUAGCGGAAUGAGCAGGUGAGAUGGAGACUCUGGAGCAGAGGUCUCAGUGGUGCCUGGUGGAUUCUGCUCUCACACGCACUCACGCGAGCAUGCCCGAGUCCUCCUCAGGACUUGUCUUCUUUCCAUCCGUGGAGCCAGUGGGUGUCAGCUGCUCUGUUGUGGGGGAGGUAGAUCGGGGAGGGGGCAGGGUGGAGCAGGCCCACCCAGACUGGGCCGCACGAUGGGUGCUGGGCCCCACCCUGGAGCUUCUGGCGCUGUCUCUGUGGGGAUUGGGGCGUCUGGGCUCCGGGGCAGGAGUGAAUAUAAAAAUAUUGCUGGGAAUGCAGGAGGAAGGUGGAGAAGAGACGGGGGUCGAGGGCUGCUUGGUGCCAAACCGAAAUUCAGUUUCUUGCAUGAGACCUUUCGGUUCAGAGCUGCUUGGGGGAGGAGGGGGUGGAGGGAAGAGUGUAGUUCUCUAUGUAACUUCUGAGCCAUUGUUCUGUCUUGGGGACACUGACCAAGGAAGUGGCCCCUAUGAGUUUAUAUUUUAACCACUGCUUCAAAUCUCGAUUUCACUUUUUUAUUUAUCCAGUUACAUCCACAUAUCUGUCAUCUAAAUAAAAGGUUUUCAAACAAA